UACAUGAUGGCCUCCAUCUUGCGCUCUUUUGCAACAACGCUUGCUAAAAGUGGCAUACGCAACACAAAUGGUGUUUCCCGUGCCGCUCCGGCAAUGAUGCUUCGCUACAAAUCUACCGAACCGGCAGCUGAAUCGAGACCUACUGUUCGCAAACCGGAUGCCGCUGCCCGUUCGGAACUGUCCGAGUUCGGCAAGUACGUCGCCGAAUGUAUGCCAAAGUACGUGCAGAAGGUGCAGCUUACCUCGGGCGACGAGCUGGAGGUGUUGAUUGCUCCGGAAGGCGUUGUACCGGUGCUACAGUUUCUGAAGGACCACCACAAUGCACAGUUUGCCAAUCUGGUCGAUAUUGCCGGCAUGGACGUACCGUCCCGCCCGUAUCGCUUCGAGAUCAUCUACAACAUACUGUCCCUGCGCUACAACUCGCGCAUCCGGGUAAAGACGUACACCGACGAGCUGACGCCGCUCGAUUCGUGUAACGAAGUGUUUAAGGCUGCCAAUUGGUAUGAGCGCGAAAUAUGGGACAUGUACGGUGUGUUCUUUGCCAACCAUCCGGAUCUGCGCCGCAUCCUGACCGACUACGGGUUCGAGGGUCAUCCGCAGCGUCGCGAUUUUCCGCUGAGCGGUUACGUCGAGUUGCGGUACGAUGACGAGAAGAAGCGUGUCGUGUGCGAACCGCUCGAGCUGGCACAAGAGUUUCGCAAGUUUGAUCUGUCUGCACCAUGGGAACAGUUUCCCAACUUCCGCCAUGCUAAUCCUGCCACGGAGGAGGUUGCCACGAAACCAGCGGAAAAGUAGACUAAUGA